AUGUCCGGUCAUGGAGAAGACGCCCCAGGGCCACCACCCACUCCCGCAUCUGCCCACGCUCAUGCCACGACCACCCCCUCAGUCAUACCUGCUCAGACCAACAACAACAAUACAACACCACUCAUAGGCCCCAACAGGACACCUGCACCGACACCCGACAGCCUGCCUGAGCAUGCUCCCAAUAGCUCUAAUGCUAUCACGAGCACACGAGGAGGCACCAAGGACAAGACGCCUCAGGAGAUUCCACCAACUACAACUACAACCACAGCCACAGCGACAGCGACAGCUACAGUAACAACUCCAGCACCAACAGCUGGACCCACGCUCAUGGACAAUCGCUCACCUCGUUCUGUCUCCGCAUCGAACUCGACCUCCUCUAUUCUGGGUUCGGCGUCAGCCCUCAGCUCAAGAAUCUCCCCCCCACCCCCUUUGAGCCUCUCUCCUGGAUACUUUUCCCAAGUCCCGACUCAGUCCACAACCCAGCUUCAGCUUCAAGUCAAUACGAAAUCAUGCUCGACCUCCCCGCCCACGCUCAACCUUGUCCCCGCCACGCCUGGGCCUAUCUCAGCCAACUCCAAGCCAUUAACGAUCGACCUCCCGACCUCCAACCCCUCGACCCUCUCAAAACACAAGGGACAACCUGUCCUCCCCUACCUCGUGACACCCAAGGAAGAAAAGAGUCAUGGAGCCAUCUGGGGUCUUUGGGAUCACGACGACGGUAUUCCGUCAAAGUCUAUUACAAAAGUCACAAAGUCCAGCAAAGGUCCUCCAAGCACCUCGGGAUCCUCCAAAGUUGUCACCUCUAUGGGUGCCGAAGCAGGACGGAAAGCACUCUUGGCUCUGCAGAGCGUUGCAGCAGAAGAAGGAGCACCUAUCUCCAGUGGAGCCCCUAGAAAAAAGGCAUCUGCCCAGCAACUGGCAUCAAAGUUCACGAUUCUUGCACCCCCUUUGUCAUCGACACUCUCUGUUGCGUCGGCCCCUGUUUCGCCACACAAGGAGAGAGCCAUUGGGGCGUUAAUAACGGGAGGUUCACCCGCCACACCUUUUGAAUCGGUCUCAUUGCCAGCCACUCCGACCGCCACAGAGAACAGAUCCACCUGCCUUCCAGAGAAUGGCUUCUUCCUGGCUGUCAUGUCAGUCUACUGGUCAAACCUCGUUGGUCCGCGGAUAGAGCAGAUCUGGACCCCGCGAGUUGGGUGCCCCGACGAGUCGACCCUUAACCAAUUGGCUAAGCAGAUCUUGAACGGGGAAGUCAUGCGGACGACGGAGAAAGUAGAGUCAAAGAUGGUGGUGCUUCAGGAAGAAGGUCUUAUUGCCAUGUCAUACCUAUAUACAGCCAACCCCUCCAUGGCAGAGACCUGUUCGUUCAGCAGCACCACUCUCGGGAUCACAACAGGAACACUUGCCAUGUCAACCAAAUUUGUCCUCAGCUUUGUCGUUCCUUUGGCCUACCUUCAAAACUUUUCUGGAUUCUUUGGCGUCAUGUCGGACCACGCCCCAGUCUUGAUUGAGAUCCUUCGCGGUCUCCGAUCCGGUCUUAGAUUGAACGUCGCUCUUGAUUUGUUUGCUGAGGAGCAUUUGGUGCCAUUUGUGGAGGAUGUAAUGACAAUGGAAGCAGUGGCAAUGGCUAUCGAAGGCGCCAAGGUGAGCCAUAUUGCGCUUGGACGAGAAGGCGAUCAAGUGUUUGGACGGGAGUUCUUAAACCGCGCCAUCACUUCUCACUUGCAAACCAACUCGUCAACGGUGGUAGUCGGCAACAACAUCACCAUCAUGAACAUGAUGAUCAACACAUUGGCAUUAUUCUUGUCGGCAGAGGAUCGAGCAAAGUCAUGUCACGCCAGGAAACAACACCGCUAUCUCCCGGACUUGUUUCUUCAGGGAAUCUACACACCCAGCAUCGGAAAGCAGUCGAACACUUCAGGGACUACCAUUGACGCGGAGACAGGAUUGCCGUUGCGCAAGUCGGAUCGGUGUAACCGGUUAUAUCACAUUCUCUCUUCGCCUUUUCCAACAACAAUUGUUGAUACCGUGCGGUGCAAGGUGGAGCAGACGGAGCGGUUUCCCAAGUAUACGGCGCUGCGGUCAGAAUACCAGAGGGAGCAGACAAAAUGUGUCAUUGACCGCUCCAUCAGCCGAGUCACGGCGUGGAAUGCAUCCAAUCAAGUUGGGUAUCUGAACUUGAGUUCGAUACCGCCUCAGACCUUUCAAAAUAACACGGGAUCAGAUGCAGGAGGAUUCUGGGGCGCCAAGCGGGAAAACAGCUGGACAAGCGUGGAGUGGAAAGGGCAAAAGGUCGUGCGGCCAGUUCAGUCUGCUGCAUCUAUGGUGGAAAACCUUGUCCGAUGUACUGUGGGCUUGCCGAUUGAGAUGCGCGAAGGGUAUGUCCGUCAAUGGCGGCGUGGUCUUGUCAAACGAUCCAUGUCCCUCGUCAAGUUUGUUCGCAAAGAAGGGGUUCACCUUGCAGAGCAAUUGGAACAACAGCAGCGGAACCCCAAGCAAAAGUCAACAUCCACGGAUCAAGACUCGGCUCUGGAUGAAGACCCUUCACAACCGGCAACAGUUCAAUCAGCCCAGGAAAUCUUUCAACAAUUGGGUAUCGAUUCGAGUGAUCUCAGCAUCAUUCUUGGAACCGCCGAGCGGAUACUUCCUUCCAUCACUGAGUUUGUUCGUGUUCACCUUGGCGUUGAGUGA